UUGAGCUUCACUUCCGCUGUUUGUCUCGCCAGGCCUGUCCUUAUCAAUAUAAAGACAUUUUAGCAUGUAUACACGUCCAGGGACACAUUGAGAUAGGUAGAAAAUCAAAAUCCAUCAAAAAAUGGAAGAAUCAGAGGAGAUAAAAAAAGAAACUAAAAGAAGGAACCCAAAACGAAAAAGUGCUAUAACCACGGAAAAGGAGAAGAAAGAUGCUGAUGAAAGUGCAGGGGAAAUCAAAUUCCCAAAACCUCCUCGAAAGAGAAAGCCUCAAUCCUUUAUGUGUGAGGAAUGUGGGAAGCUGUUCAAUAGAGCUGAUUUAUUGCGCAAUCACAAGCGUGUCCACACUGGGGACAAACCAUUUACCUGUGAAGUGUGUGGGGACAAAUUCAGAGAGCAGGGGCACUUGCGGCGACAUAUGACUAGACACACAGGUAAGAAACCCUACCAGUGCUACAUCUGUGGGAAGGAGCUCAAUAGCAGUCUGGCCAAACACCUAAGACGUCAUCUCAACGACAGACAAUUCUCCUGUGUUUUGUGCGACAAGAAGUUUGUGUCAGGAUUUGAACUGAAGCAACACAUACUGACCCAUAAAAAGGGCACAUUCCAGGAAAAUUCAAAAAGAGGAACUCCCAGUCUACAUAAGAGAGAACCAAAGUUAUAUAAAGCUGUUGAUGCACCCGCCAUUCCAGGGGGGCCUCUGAUUGCAAUUCCUGCUACACAACAAGAAAUGAUUGAGGCAAACAUUGCUUCAGUACAGGAAACUUCAUUUCCUUUUCAUAGGAGUCUACCUGUCCCACAAGGGGACCAGUUAACAAUGAACCAGAUCAAUGAUCAUCCAGAUCCGGCUCUUGUUAAUUGGGAUUAUUUGUCGUAUGCUGCUGCAGUGGAGCUAACACAAGCCACUCCCACUCAACCAUUAAAAGCUAAAGCUUCUGGAAGGAAAAGACUGUCUGAUUUAUCCUGGGAUGUUUCUCAAAGUAACCAAAAACUGAGUCAGCAGCAUCAACAAUCUGCCACUCAGCCAGAUGCAAAAGAAGUGCUACAACCACCUGCAGAAGGAGAGAAAAAUGGAACAGUCAAUGAGAGUGAUGAAAUACAAAAGUGUGAGGAGUUAGCAAAGAGUAAUGAGAAUCACCAUAAAGAAUCAGAGAUAGAUGUUCAGAAUCAAUCUGUCACCGACAAAGAGCAAGAGGUGCAGAGUGUACCAGUUACACACCCAAAUGAGAAUGCAGAGGAAAGAACAGAGAGUCUUGCUUGUCCAUCUACUUGCUCAUCACAGGAACAGACUCCUCCAAUAUCCACAGAAGAACAGACAGAGACUCCUCCAAUAUCCACAGAGGAACAGACAGAGACUCCUCCAAUAUCCACAGAAAAUGAAAUCAAGGAUACUCAGUCAGACUCUUUCACCAAGGUUAAGCAUCUGACAAUAAGUGUGAAAGAAGAGCCUUUAGAUGUGGAUACAGAGAACUCAGCACGCUUAGAGAGUGUUAUUAACGAUGAGGGGUUGUCAGAUGAUGACAAUUUCGCUGCUGACUUCUCAGACCAAGAUGACUCGGGAUCAAUCACUGAUGAUUAUGAAGCAGAGGUGUAUUUUCAGAAGCUGGAUGACUCUGUUCUGGAAGAGAAGACCCAGGAGGACAAGGAUUGGACUCCGGAGUCGGAUGGUUCCAAGAAAUCCCUGAAAGUGAAAAUAAAAACCCCGAAGCGGGCAUCCAAACAAAAGGCUUCCAAACAAGGUGGCGAGACUGAGGUACCCAAGAAGAGAGGGAGGAAGAGGAAGAAGACAGAGGAAGUUGAAGAGGGGGAGGAGGAAGAGGAAGAAGAAGAGGAACUGCCAACCACUGUGUGCACUGAUUCAAACACAUUGUUUGUAAUAUCACCUGAUAAAAAAGAUGCAUCUGGCUCCAAAAAGAAAAGAUCAUCCAAGAAGGAUCAGGUGUUUGUAUGUGAGGAGUGUGGCAAGGUUUUCUUCCGUAAUGAUCUGCUGAAGAACCACAUGAGGGUACACACCGGUGACAAACCGUUUACUUGCGAGGUGUGUGGGGAGAGCUUCCGGGAGUCAGGACAUCUCCGCCGGCACAUGACCAGACACACAGGUAAAAAGCCAUACAAAUGUGAUCUCUGUGGCAAGGAGCUAAACAGCAGCCUGGCCAAGCAUCUAAAACGACACAUGAAUGACCGACAGUUUCCUUGCACCAUGUGCGACAAGAAGUUUGUGUCAGGAUUCGAGUUGAAGCAUCAUAUGAUCAUACACAACACGUCGGAUCACAUCCCCUGCCAUAUCUGUGGAAGAAAAUUCAGUCACACCAACAUUCUACAGCGUCACAUGUUGACCCACAGUGACAACCGGCCGUUCCCUUGUCCAGACUGUGACAAAAGUUACAAGUGUAAGCAGGACCUGGACAGACAUCGAUCCAUCCACAAGGAGGUGUUCACUGCGACCUGUCACAUCUGUGGGAAACAGUUCUGUCAGGAUCGAUACCUGUACAGACAUUUGAAACGUCAUCAACAGUUAAAGGAGGAAGGGGUAGAUGAAACAGAGCGUUCUACAAAAUUCAAACCCUUUUUUUGUGAAGUCUGCCACCAGAGAUUUACAACAGCACCAAAUUUAAAACAACACAUGCAUCUGCACUUCUCUACAGAAAAAUUUGCUUGUUACUUGUGCAGUAAAAUGUUUACCCAGAAGCGAUAUCUUCAACGCCACAUCAGGCGCCACAAACAAAACCGAAUCAAGGGCUUCCCCAGCAGUAUAGAUGACACUGAUCUCUUGAUGGGCCACAUGGUAGCUACAUUCAAUGAACAAGGUAGUAAGAUGCGUGCAGACAAGGUGGUGGGUUCUACUGAAUUUGAGGGGCCAGACUCGCCGGAUAGCCUGGAAGAGGGGGAGGUUUUGAACCAGAGCACCGACGACCAAGAGGUGAACACUGAACCUGAGCCUGAACCACCUGGAGGUCAGGAACACCUUUCAAAGCCUGUCUUUCCAUCUGCUGAUUCAGAAUUUCCAGCAUAUGAAAAUGACGGGGCGGAUUCAGAUGGAUCGGAAGAGGAAGGUGUAAUUCCUCCUAACUAUUUGAACAUUAUGACACAACCACCAAGUGUGGCUUUGGCUCAACCCCAAACCUGAACAAAACAGUGUAUUUUAAACAUAUAUGUUAGCUUUAUUGACAAUUUAUUUUGUUUUGCUUAAAAUCAUUGAAAAUUGUAUAAAAUUUAUUAAACUGUACAAAUGAAUUUUUUUUUUAUCAGUGUUCAGAAACUAAGGAAAUUUAUCAUGCUACAUGUAUCUGCCAGAUUUUUUGUUUCCAUUUAUUUCUCAAAAUGUACUUUAUAUAAUAAUUCUGUUGUUUGGAUAAUUUUAACACUCAAUAUGAACUUUUAAAAGUUGAGAGAGAAGACAGGAGGAGAGGGGGAAUGAGAGAGAGAGAGAGAGAGAGAGAGAGAGAGAGAGAGCAAGAGCAAGCUUGCUAUAUGCUUGUGGAAUGAGCUUCUUUGUAUUAUAUAGAGGAUUAUUCAAAUUUUGUAUGUUGCCAAUAGAUGAAAAUACAUCAUGUAUCAAAACAACUGAGUGUAAACAAUGUAUUGAAUUAUUUUAUUUGAGAGUUUUAUUUCUUAUUUCGAUUUUAUUGUAAACUAAUGUGGCUGUAUAUUGAUUUAAAACAUCAAAGGGUUGGAGAAAAAAAAUCAUUAAAUAACUGAGGGAUGUUAAAAGAAAUAAGCUGAUGAUUUUAAAAAAAAUGUUUAUGGUAUAAUCUACGAGGAAGUUUGAAAUACAUGCCCUAUGCUAUAGAAAUAAUAUGACAUUAUUUUAUUGUACUAGACUUGAUAUGAACAAUUCAUGUACUCAUUUCAUAAUUAAAAAAAUACAAUAUGUGUCAAAUUAUAAUGCUUGUUUUAAAGAUGUUUAACUGUUGUAUGCUUCAUAUCUGCAAUAUGAUCAAUUUAUAAUUAUAAUGGCAAACAGGUGAAGAAGGCUGGAGGUCAACCAAUCAACCAUCUUAAGGUUCUCCGAUCCUCAGCCUCACUUUCAUCAUGAAAGUGUUCUUAAAUUAUCCUUCAAACUUUAUUAAUGAAAUAAAAGAA